UUUCCGGGAGGCUUUCCUCUGGCAGAGGGGCAGUGAGUGGCACAUGGAAGGGGCCUCCUCCCGAGGGCUCCUUGGGAGACUUGGAUGGCUUCUGCUCUGGCCCCGAGGCUGUCUGCGACCUUGGGCACAAGCGGUCCUUCUCUGCUCGCUCCUUGAGGGAAGAUAUUGAGGAGUUUGGACGAGAUGGUGGAAGGGGAGCACCUGCUGGUGCAAAGCCUGAGAUCCUACCGGGGCCAGACUGAGUUGGGGUUAGUUUGAGCUGAGACCAGCCCCUCACCCCAACCCCAACUCCCCUGUCCUGCCCACCCAGCCGCUCCCCCACCCCCAACCUCCCUGGCUGGGGACUCCAGCUGAUGCUUUUCAGUAGUUUCGAGAGAAUGUCCAGGAUGUGCUGCCCGCCCUGCCGAAUCCAGACGACUAUUUUCUCCUGCGCUGGCUCCGAGCAAGAAACUUCAACCUGCAGAAAUCCGAGGCCAUGCUCCGGAAGCACGUGGAGUUCCGGAAACAAAAGGACAUUGACAACAUCAUGAGCUGGCAGCCUCCAGAGGUGGUCCAGCAGUACCUUUCAGGGGGCAUGUGCGGUUACGACUUGGAAGGCUCCCCCAUCUGGUACGACAUCAUUGGUCCCCUGGACGCCAAGGGUCUGCUCCUCUCGGCCAGCAAGCAGGACUUGUUCAAGACCAAGAUGCGGGACUGUGAGCUGCUGCUGCAGGAAUGUGUCCGCCAGACCGAAAAGUUGGGGAAGAAGAUAGAGGCCACCACCCUGAUCUAUGACUGCGAGGGCCUGGGUCUCAAGCAUCUCUGGAAGCCGGCUGUGGAGGCCUACGGGGAGUUUCUUUGCAUGUUUGAGGAAAAUUAUCCCGAAACGCUGAAGCGUCUUUUUAUCGUUAAAGCCCCCAAGCUGUUCCCUGUGGCCUACAACCUCGUCAAACCCUUCCUGAGUGAGGACACUCGUAAGAAGAUCCAGGUCUUGGGAGCAAACUGGAAGGAGGUUUUGCUGAAAUAUAUCAGCCCUGACCAGUUGCCUGUGGAGUAUGGGGGCACCAUGACUGACCCUGAUGGAAACCCCAAAUGUAAAUCCAAGAUCAACUACGGGGGUGACAUCCCCAAGAAGUAUUACGUGCGGGACCAGGUGAAGCAGCAGUAUGAGCACAGUGUGCAAAUUUCCCGGGGCUCCUCCCACCAAGUGGAGUAUGAGAUCCUCUUCCCGGGCUGUGUCCUCAGGUGGCAGUUCAUGUCGGAUGGUUCGGACAUCGGUUUUGGGAUUUUCCUGAAGACCAAGAUGGGGGAGCGGCAGCGGGCCGGGGAGAUGAGGGAGGUGCUGCCCAGCCAGCGCUACAACGCCCACCUGGUGCCCGAGGACGGGAGCCUCACCUGCAGCGAUCCUGGCAUCUAUGUCCUGCGGUUUGACAACACCUACAGUUUCAUUCACGCAAAGAAGGUCAGUUUCACCGUGGAGGUCCUGCUUCCAGACAAAGCCUCAGAAGAGAAGAUGCAACAGUUGGGGGCAGUCACCCCAAAGUAAUGCCUCCCCCCACAGCAGGCCUGGCUCCCUCAGUGUCUCCCCAUCAGUUUCUGCCCCUUGUAAUGGUCAUUUCCCCAGCACUCAGACACCCAGAAAAACUGGGCUAGAAGAAGGACCUUGGAGCUGGAUCUGGGGAGCCUUCAUUUGAGAAUAAGAAAGACUGGGAGAGUA